AUGGAUAAAAUAUCUAAAACGUUGUGUAGAUUAAACGAAGAGUACAAACAAGUGUAUGAAAAUGAAAAGAAGGAAGCAGAAAGUGAGCGCUUCGUUGUCGAAAAUUUCAUGUUGCAAGAACGAGUAUCAUUCCUACCCAUGACCAGUUCAGCAAUGGUAUCUAUAUAUAAGCGUACUGAAUUCAUGGUCUUAUCGGCUGGUAUUGUGCUGUACUGGGUUGUGAUGGUAUUCAUCGGAACGAUGUUAAUAAUGUGCUGCAUAUGUACAAGGUCCCGAACAAAUCGGGAUGAAGAUGGAGAGCUUCGAAAAAACAGAAGAGAGGAUAUAGCAGAAGAUGCAUAG